CAGCUGUGAUCGUGGUUCAGUCCGAGCAGCAGCAGCAGCAGCAGGAUGGCCUCCAACACCGCCACCAUGGGGAACCUGCCCAGCGGGGUCGGAAUAUGCACCACCAUCCCCGACAUCCUCUACCUGCCCGAGCUGAUCUUCGGCGGUCUGGUGUGGAUCCUGGUGGCGUGCACGUUGGUGGUUCCUGCAAACCCUCAGGGCUGGGUGAUGUUCGUGUCUGUCUUCUGCUUCGUCAUGACCUUCAUCUGGAUGGUGGUGUUCGCCUGUGGUGGUCAUCACAACAAAGCAAGCUGGGCCGCCGCCGACUUCCUGUAUCAUGGAAUCGCUGCCUUCUUCUACCUCAGCGCCUCAGUGGCAUUGGCCAGAGUGACCCUGGAGAUGAGGGACGGGCCGAUCUUCCAGAACUACCAGCUGGACAUUUCUGCCGUGGUUUUCUCCUACAUGGCGACUCUUCUGUACUUCAUCCACACCAUCCUGUCUGCCAUCAGAUGGAAGUCCUUCUAGAACGUUCUCCAGCAGAACUGAACUGAUUAGGAAGUUUUUACAGAACGCUGCAGCUCGAUGAAGGAGGAACUGAUGGAGGUCGGAUUAGCACGCCGACCAUCAAAUCGUUGGUUAGGGCGGAUGUAAACGCCGUCUCCUCGUUAGUGGCCGAUCCGCUCUCUGAGGUUCAGCAAACAUGUUAAAUUAAAGGCUCAGAAAUAAUCGAACAAUAAUGGAAGAAAAAACAGUUGAUAUCUCUAUCACAGCUGUACGGGGGUUCUUUUAUUUUAUAAUUACUCUCAUGAUGUCACUUCCUGGUUCUGUCAUGUGUACUUCCUGUAAUGAACUGGUUUGGUUCUAGUUUUACUGUCUGCUGAUUUUAAAUACUUCGAGGGCAAAGUUCCUUUGUAUUUAAGAAUAAAUUUAUUAUGAUCAGAACAGAAUUAUUUUGUAAUGAAAGCCUUGAA